AUGACCGACAUUAAAAGCGUUCUGGCUUCCAUUUCGGCCAGCAUCCGCGAGCCGUCGAAGGAUGACGUCAUAUACUUGGACGAGUGCAGCGUGACCGGUGACAAGGACAUCUUCGAGGACGGCGUAUUCGUGGACCUGGUUUCCUUCGAGAGCUUCGGCCUGAAGUGCCUUCAGCACAACUACAACCGAGCGCAGCAGGGGAGCGGCCAAAGUAGCGAUCAGAGCCCAGGGGUCCCCGCAGGAAGGUUCUACCUGAAUAUCAAGAAAAAAAAAAAACUGCUCGACAAGAUAGAAAAAAGCGAAAUAAAAAAUCUGACCCUGAACGUGGAAGGAGGAUUCAAAGAGAGUAGAGUGUACGAGUACCAGUGCGAGUAUGCCCUGUACGAUUUGGAGGAAAACCUCUACAUCCUUUUAGAUCAAGUGGAAGACGAGCGUGUAAAAAAUAUAUGUAAAAGCAUAAUCAGUCACAAAAACGAGAUAAAGAAGGAGAGCCCAAACAAGUGGGUGAACGAAAUAAAGGAGAGCAAAUACGCAAAGGAUCUUAUACAACUACCAAACAUUACAAUAAAGAAUGAAAAUCUCGAAUGUGCGGUUUGCAAAGCUAAGAAAAACAUAUGGCUGAACUUAUCCGAUGGGUACAUUGGGUGUGGAAGGAAAAUAUUCAAUUAUGGAGGGGGGUGUCUGAACAAUGAAGAAGGUGCAGCGUUGAAGCAUUAUUACGAAAGUGGAAAGAAGUACCCCCUAGUAGUGAAACUAGGAACCAUCACCAAGGAGGGAGAAGCAGAUGUAUUCUCCUACGCAGAUGACGAAAAUGACAGCGUAAUAGAUCCCUAUAUAAAUGUGCAUCUGAAAAACCUCGGAAUUAAUAUAACGAAUUUGAACAAAACAGAAGUUACCACUUUGGAGAAAGAAAUAAAAGAAAAUCAAAACAUAAAUUUUACCUCCAUACUUGAUAAGGAUACACAGCUUGUAUGUAAAGAGGGAAAGGUUGGAUUCCUUAACUUAGGAAAUACGUGCUACAUGAAUUGCGCCUUGCAAGUCUUACUCUCCAUAAAAGAGGUUAGUUACAGAUAUAUAGACAAUCAGGUCGACUUCCUACUAACCCUGGAGAGGGAAAAGAAGACACACCUCGAUAUGUUCAUUCAGUAUGCAAAAUUAUGCUGCAUGAUUUUUAAAGAAGACUAUAUUAAGAAGAAAAAGAAAUAUAUAAAAAAGUUUAAAGAAGAAUGUGUGAAUAGAAAUGUGGAGGUAAACUACGACAGCGAUGUGGAUGAAGAAAAUUGUGUUAGUAUCAAUCCCUCCAUGUUUCGAAGAUGCCUAAAUCAGAAGGGGAACUCCUUCUGCAAUAACAGUCAGCAGGACAUCUUCGAGUUUUUAACCUACUUCCUAAACGAGCUCAUCGAAAAUGAAAAUGUCAUUUUUCAAAGACUCCUAAACGGGGGAAAUUCCGAUAAGAGGAAAAUGAGCCAGAUGGAGAAGAGCCAACAGGGGGGGAAAACUCAACAGGGGGGGGAAACUCAAAAGGGGGACAAAUUUAACAAGAGCAACAAUAACAUGUCCGCAGCGGAGGGGGAGAACAGAGAAGGGGAUAAUCAACAAAAAAGUGAAAAGUCCCUCUUCAACCUCUUCACCUUCGAAAUGGAACAAACCAUUGUCAGUGAUGAGAAUAACAUAAGUAAGAGCUCCUUCCAUAAUAACAUCCUCUCAUUGGACAUCCCACUCGAUAAUGCUGUGUUGAAAAAAUUGGAAGGACAGGACACUUCCCUUACUUCUCCCUCUCAUGUAACGCUACUAGACUGCCUGAAUAAUUUUAUAAAAAAGGACCACAUUGAUGAGUACUACAGUGAGGAGAAAAAAAUGAAAAUCUUCGCUCAGAAGGAUAUCAAAUUUAAGACCUUUCCUCCGUAUCUUUUUAUUCACAUUAAGAGAUUUUAUGCCGAUGAGAACUGGAGCGCAAAGAAGAUAAAUAUUCCCAUUCAGACCGAUGAGUACAUUAACUUAGAGUUUAUGCGAUCGGAGAAGACCCCUACUGCCGCUAUCACCGCUACGAGCAGCGGCAGUGGGUAUGGGGAAGGACAAGGGAAGAACUCCGCGGAUGCUUCCCAUGCACGGAAAAGCAACGAGGAGUACAUCAUGCAACAGCAUAAGGAUCUUUUCAACUCCCUUCUAGAUCUCGGAUUUGAAAAGGAAAAAAUUCUGGAGGCCAUCAGAAAAGUCAAAGUCAAAAAUGUGAACAAUUGCAUCUCAUACAUUUAUGGAGAAGACUCCGUCGAAUUGGAGCUCCAAGAAAUCAGCCAAGGGACGGACGUCAACUCAGAGAAUUUAAAUGCUAUCGUCAGCAUGGGCGUGAACAGGGACGUGGCUAUGGCUUCCCUCCUCAUAAACAAAAACGACUUGCAGAAAUCCAUCGAUUAUAUUUUUUCCAAUCUGGACGUCCUCACGGAGAUGAAGUGCGCUGCUAUUGUCAACAGGAACAAGUGCGAAGACGGCUUGGCCAACUACGAACUAGUCGCUUCCAUCGUGCACAUGGGAAGCAACGCCAACUCGGGCCACUACAUCUGCUACAUAAAGGACGAUGCUCAGUGGUACGUCUACAACGACAACAAGAUUGGCCUGUGCGACACGAACAAGGGCAGGGACACGGCAUACAUCCAUUUGUACAAGAGGAUCUGA